UCGGUGGUCGCCGACAGCGACGCGCGCGGCAAACUCGCACACCACUCAUAACCUUAAUAACUAGGUUAUGUUCCAAUAAUAAAUAAAUAAUAUUCGUGAACAUAUAAAAUUAAAGUUUCCUAAUACAUAGCAAUAGAAGAUUCCUAUUCAAGUGUGCUUAUAUUUUAUAACGAUUUUCAACAAUACGUACAUCAAUAAACAUUGUCAAAACAAUGAUAUUGAUUUACGUUUCGAAUUAUUUAUUAAAUGAUUACUGUUAUCAUUACUCAAACAACUGUUAAAAGGCUUACCUACAAAAAACAGGAAUGAAAUACAAGCAAUGCACUACAUCAGCGUCAUGAAAACGAGAUAAUGAUAAUUAUUAUCAGACUCUUUAGACGCUUCGGCGCUUCCUCCUUCCUUCCAAAUAGAUUAUAAACUGAUCAAGUGACUAGUGCCUCUAUUUGCACAAGAUUUAUAGUAGCAAAUAUUCCAAUAGCCGUAUCUUAUCAACAAUAUUCGCCAUUCUCCAAAUAAGUUAACAGUAUUUCACUUCAACUCGAAUUACGCUUCAAGUCAUAUCAAGGGAGAGAAAUAGUAAUAGUGCCAAAGAUUAAAUAGUUGAAAAUGUCACACGGAGGAGUGAAGACCACGAAGAAUGGGAAUGGAGCGCAAGCGGAGUCGUCGAGAGAGGGGUCUGAGAGCCUGGCGCCGCCUCCCGACGGCGGCUGGGGGUGGAUGGUCGUGUUCGCUUCCUUUAUGAUACAUAUCGUCACCGAUGGCAUGACCUAUUCGUUUGGCGUGUUCUAUGCAGAGUUCCUGACCUACUUUAAUGAGGGAAAAGGCAAGACUGCGUGGAUCGUGUCUAUCCUCGUCGGGGUCACCCUUAGCUCAGGUCCCAUAUCAAGUUCGUUUGUGAACCGAUGGGGCUGUCGGUCAGUGACAGUAGCAGGGGCAAUGCUGUCUGCAGUCUGUGUCGUGAUAUCAGCCUUUGCCAACAACGUCACCACGCUGAUCUUCACGAUCGGAGUGGGUACUGGCGUUGGCUUCGGGUUCAUAUACUUGCCUGCGAUCGUCAGUGUUACGGUCUGGUUCGAGCGUUACAGGAGUCUUGCUACGGGCAUAGCUGUGUGCGGGUCUGGCCUUGGAACGUUCCUCUUUGCACCGAUUACAUCCGCUCUAAUAACAAACUACGGAUGGCGAGGUGCAAUGGUUAUCAUAGGGGCAUUUAUAUUAAAUUGUAUUCCAUUAGGACUAAUGUUCCGACCAGUACCUGAACGACCAAGAACACCCGUGACGGAACCAAUGUUACCACAAGAAAUUAAAUCACCACUCAAAAGAUCUCAAAGUACUGAGCAUGUUGUACGAGCAAAUGGUAAAAUAGAAGAUGAUGUAGCUAGGCUUACUCUUUCUCAGCCUGUAUUGAAUAAACCACAAGAACAAAAACCCAUAAGUUCACGUCACGGAAGUGGUAUUAUGCAGCGCCCAGAUGUGUUGUACCAAGGAAGUAUGACAAGUUUAGCGCGACUCAGGGGACCAUCCAUGGAAAGAUCUCAAGUAUCUAUGAAAAGAGAAGAACGAGAAACGCGAUGUGGCUGGCUUCCAUGUUCUGACGAGUUCAAAGUCGCCUUAUCAGAAAUGCUUGACGUUUCACUUCUUGUAGAUCCUAUUUUUAUAUUAUUUGCACUGUCUAACUUUUUAACUAGCAUAGGAUUUUAUAUACCUUAUGUCUACACAGUGCCUAUGAGUGAAAACUUGGGCAUAGAGAAUCCACCAUAUUUAAUCUCUAUCAUAGGUGCAGCAAACUUAGUAGGAAGAGUCAUUCUUGGAUAUAUAAGUGAUAAACCGUGGGUUAAUCGACUCUUAGCUUACAAUGUAUGCCUCACCAUAGCUGGAAUAAGUACGGCGUUGGCUAUGGCCUGUUGGGAAUUUUGGGGUUUGGCUCUUUAUGCAACUGUAUUUGGCUUCACUAUUGGUGCUUAUGUUGGUCUCACUUCAGUGGUGCUAGUUGAUCUUUUGGGAUUAGAGAAAUUAACAAACGCAUUUGGGUUACUCCUACUGUUUCAAGGAAUCGCUUCACUUAUUGGUCCACCUUUUGCAGGAUGGCUUUACGAUACAUAUCAAUCAUAUGCGCCCGGCUUCUACGUCGCCGGUGGCACCAUUUCCCUUAGUGGCAUUAUUCUAUUCUUAAUACCUGUACUCGAAAGGAGAAACAAUAGGAGUAAAUGGAACCAGAAUACUGACAUGGAGAGCAUUUAGCAGGAUAAGUUCCGAGGGACCAACUUUGAGUACCCCGUUAUUGUACUCAACAGUCCCUCGACGCCGUCCUCCAUCACCUCCUCUGAGGACACAUAUAGCAACAGGGUAUAUACAACAACUUUAGAUGAUAAUAUCGAUUUUAUGAUAGAAACUGAACAAAUUAGUGUGAUUCAUAACUCUAGUGAAUGUGAUGACAUUUUGGACGAUAAUCAAACCCAUUCCAAAAAAAAGUGAAUAUAGUGCGCGUAAUUAAGAUAUCAAAGUGUAAAAUAAUAAAUUAAAUAUUAUAUUGAUCGAAAAAUAUAUUGUGUAAAAUAUAGUGUAAUACAAGUAAGAUUAAGUGACUGCAACAAAUUGAUUAUAGUACCUAAGUGUUAUAAAGAAAAAUUAUAUAAAGUUAUGAUUUACAUGUGCGAUAAAGUGUGCGGUUCCUCCAACAUAUUUCACACAAAUCUUAUCAUAGAAUGUUAAACAAAACAUAUCUGUCAACCUAAUUUAUCUCGAAUAGUAACUGCACUGUAUGAUUGUUUGAGAUAAGAUUAUAAAAAAAUUAUAUUCAUCUAAAAUAUUAUAAAAAAUAUGAAUAUGUGUUAAUGUAUUAUAGUUAAGGAUUUCAAAAUCUGUGAAAUUACUACAAGCAAGGGACGGUGUAAAUCAUAGAUGGCCUUAUUGUGGACCAAACAUGUACGUAGAAUUUUACAAGAAAGAAUGUAAAUAGAUACUAAAUACCUAUCAGUAAGAUAAAUAGACAGCUGAGCAAAUUUUACAAAUCCAUUAAGUACAAUCUUCCUUAUUUUACUAUAAAAUGUAAGUUUAUAAAUCUUCCAAGUUUCUACUGGUGUUUGCCAUAAACAUUUUGUAUAAUAUUUGAUUAGACUGACUUAAAUAAUAUCGUACAAAAUUCAUCUUGUGUAAUUUCGACUGAUUGUUCAUCUUGAUUACGGUUACCUGAGUUUUAAGUAAAGUUACCAUUAUUAUAAGAA